CAUCGAUUUCUCGCGAGUUAAAACAAGAAUAUACAUACAAAAAUGCUUGCUCGCAACAUCUUACUCUGCGGCCAGGGAGCGCUCUCGGCAUCUGGUUUUCGGGGGGUAACAAGCAGCUUCUCCACCGCAGCAGGCGCGCAUGCUGCAGCGGGUCAAACGAAAGUGGAAGUACCGCCUGGCACGCCCGCAGCCAUCGCCGCGCUGCUUCCCUUCAUCGCCUGCCCCCUCACCAAGUCGCCAUUGAGGUACGACCCCGCCUCCCACCGGCUGGUGAACGACGAGCUGGGGGUGUCGUACGGCGUGUCAAGCACAGGCGUACCGCAGCUGCUGCCGCUGCUGGGGGAGGUGCGGGGCGAGCAGGUGGUCCCAGAUGGGGACCAGGAGGGCGGCCAGGCAGGGGCGGGCGGCGGCGGGGGUAAGCCGCGCUGAGCCGGCGGCGCGCUCUGGGGCUGGCGGGCGCAGCAACGCCUUCCCCGGCAUAACUGACGGCACAACAAGCGGUUGGCGGUUGGCGCCGGCUGCCAGCUCACGAACCGCCAAUUGGCAACACCGCUAUACGGACUCCAAGCGCGCAGCGGGCUAGCUAUGGCUCAGGGAGGGACAGGGCACAACAGCCCACGCAGCGUACCGCGCAGCCGACAGCCUGCGCGCCCAACCCGCCCGGGUGCGGCGGCAGUACGGCGGCGGCAGUGCCCACGCUGUGAACCGCCUGGCCGCGUGGGCAGCGCCUGUGUGUGCCGUAUGCGGGUCCGGGCCUAGGGCCGCCCGUCCGUGCUGUGUGUGUGCGGAGUGCGGGCCACGCGGAGGAGACCGCUGCGCUGGGCCUCCGGUGACACAACAGACACCGCAGCGGGGCGCCGGCGCCAGAGCAGCUGCAGCAGAGCACCGGUGCGUGGCAGCAACAUGCGGAUGUUCGUGGUGGCGGAGGCGGCGGCGGUGGCAGCGGCGGCCGGACCACAAGUGUUUGGCAGUGUGGUGUGGUGUACUGGUGUGGUGUGGCCUGAUGCCGCCACCCCGCGGCUGGGCGGGUGGGCGGCACGGAAGGCAGCAAGCUGGGUUUGUGGCUUUGUGGUGGUGACGCGGGGUGAUGCCAGAGUGUGGGGCAGUGCCCAACCGCCCCGGGAAGCAUGUUGUUCCUGCUGCGUACUGCUGCCGCAUACUGCUGCUGUUGUGAGUGUUGUUGGCGAAGGGCGGGCAAGGCUGUCUGUGCAUGAGGGCUGCAACUGAUGGGGCUGAUGCAGCGGUGCGGUCGUGUGGAGCCGACACUCCGGAGCAAGCGCUGACGGCUGCUGAUGAGGCUGUCUGUCUAUGCCGGGCUAUGGGCUCAGGCGCAGACGCGAUGGAGGAUUACACGGUAGCGGGAAGGUUGUGCUUGUUAUGCACAAGCCGCUCAUCUUGACAAUGUCACAAACGAAUGCGGCGGUACGAAUAGUCACAUCCCCACAUCCACAGACUGUACUGUAACAUC